AUGGAUGAUCUCGUCGACCUGACCUGGACAGCUCCCGAUGCCGGGAAGAAGCCCGCGCAACAACCGACGCCGAUCUCGAACCCCACGACCUCCAACCUCUACCCUUCGCUGCGCCCGACUCCUUCGCCCUUCAACUCGGGGCGCAACACGCCGCUGUCAGUCCAGGAGUCCGGAAAUGCUGGCGCCAGACCUCCCACCGCCAAGCCCGCGCAGGACAGCUUCAGCAACCUCCUCAACUUUGGCCCUGCCAAGAGUAACGCGAACCUGAGCUUGAAGGAACGGCAGGAACAGUUGGAGGCAGAGAAGCGCCGAAAGGAGGAGGAGAGAAGGAAACAAGCCCAGUCGAGCUUUGGGGAUGGACGUUUCUUGGACUCGCUGGGACGGAACCUCUCUGGAUCCCAGAGCUCUUUGAGGACACCUUCACCAGGGCUAGCUCCACCGCCACAAAUAGGGACACCGACCGUACAAUCUGGAUUACGAAAGGGAACAGACAUAUCAGAGGGAGAUGAGGAUUUGUUUGCAGCAUUCAAUGCCAGCACCAAGGUCGAUAACUCGAGCCACUACCCACCACCCGCUUCCCAUACUCCUUCGCCCGCGCCAGACUUGGACUUGAGCAAUCCAAGUGCGUGGGGUAAGCCAGCAGCUGUGGCUCCCACUUCUGGAGGAUUUGGUGACGACGACGACGACGACCCGUUUGGGCUGAACCAGCUCAAGCCCAAAUCAAGCACCCCAGCGCCCCCACCUCCUGCCGGUGAUGACUUUGACAUUCUGGGGGAUCUGGGUAAGCCAGUGGAUCAGGUCAAAAAGAAGCCAACUCCAGCUCCGACAUUCUCGCGAGAGCCCGAACCCGGAAAGGCCAUUGAAGAUUCAUCUUCGGAUUCUGAGGAUGACCGACCACCACCGCCGCCACAACCCUCGAGACCAUCCAGACCAUCAGAUGACCCUUUUGACAGAGCGGUUGCUCAGCUGGUGGACUACGGAUUUACCCCUGAAAAUGCCAGAAGGGGGCUUACUGAAAGUGGGGCUGGGCUCAAUGUUCAAGCAGCUGUAAACUGGCUUCUGGACGAUGCCCACCGCCAGGCCAAGGAGCAGGCCAAGUCAAAGGGACAAAGCGGCUCGCGAGAACAGCCCUCCAGAGGCGGUGGCGAGCGCGCUUCUAGUCAAUCACGGAAUGGUGGUCCUGCUUGGGCAAGAGAGGAGCACGCCUCAAGAAGUAGAGACAACCAAUCUCCCGCUUCCAUGGUGGACAGUGACUUUGCGAAAACUGCUGCUGCCGUAGGUACCACUCUUUUCAAGACGGCCAACAGCCUUUGGAAAACAGGCCAGAAAAAGGUACAGAAAGCCGUCGCCGAACUUCAGCAAGAUGGUGACCCGAAUCAACCGAAAUGGAUGCGGUCUGCCCAGGAUCAUUCGGGAGGGAGCGCCAGGAGGGAGCCGCCCGACGUCACGAAUGAAGCCGUGAUGUUGGAAGGUGGCGGGCCGCCCCCGAGGAAAACAGGAAGAUCCGGUGUCGACAGUCGACCAUCCAGCAACGCGCCAUCGCGUGACAGAUCUCCAGCCCUCCCGGUCCGGCCUGGAUCGGGUGCCCAAGGACCAAAGUGGCAGCAAGGCUCCCGGCCAGUUCUCGAUCCACGUGCCAAACUUGGCAGGCUUGCGGCCGAGGACGAGGGUGCUCAAGCCUAUGUCAGUCCAGCACGCAGGAAGAAGACGACACCACAGCCACAGCCACCACCGGCGCAGCCGGAAGAAGACCUGCUGUUUGGUGCCUCCUCAGCACCAAAGCCGCGACCCACAGCUCCAUCUCGAUCACCUCAACCGUCACCCGCCCCUCGUCCAGCAGCAGCCCGUUCAUCACCAAUGCCCAAGCCAGCCCCUGCUCGCCCGCCACGUCAGAUCCCUCCACUAUCAGCAAUCGCCCUCCAGUCCUCCACCCAACACCGUCUCCAAGGCACCGCCCACUUCAAGCGCGGCGACUACGCAUCCGCCCACGCUUCAUACGCCUCCUCUCUCGCCGCCAUUCCAAAAGAACACCCCCUCGCCAUCCUCCUGCUCUGCAACCGCUCCCUCACGGCCCUCAAAACCGGCGAACCCCGCCAGGCGGUCGAGGACGCCGACAACGCCGUCAAGCUCAUUGGCCCGGGCAGGGGCGAGGGCGAGCACGUCGAGGUCCAAAGCGAAACCGGCACCACCGAAAAAAGAGACAUGCGCGAGCUGUACGGCAAGGCCCUCACCCGCAAAGCGGAAGCUCUCGAGCAGAUGGAGAAGUGGGCUGACGCCCUCGCCGUCUGGCAGACGUGUGUUGAGGCUGGUCUUGGUGGUGCCACCGCCGCGGCGGGGAGGCAACGCUGCCAGAAGGCGCUUGCGCCGAAACCCGCUCCGAGACCGGCUUCUGCCCCAGCUCGUCCGAGACCAGCGGCUGCUACCGGUCAUAAAAGCGCCGAGGCGGUGAGGAGACUGCGGGAGGCGAAUCAAGCUGCUGAGAAGGAAGGGGAUGAGAAGUUCCAGCUGGCUGAUAAAGUCGAUGCGAGGAUCGCGGCGUGGAGGGAUGGCAAGAGGGAUAACUUGCGGGCGUUGCUCACGAGCUUGGAUGGUGUGCUAUGGGAGGGGAGCGGGUGGAAGAAGGUUGGGUUGCAUGAGCUGGUGAUGGCGAACAAAGUCAAGGUUGUUUACAUGAAGGCUAUUGCUAAGACGCAUCCUGAUAAGAUUGCACAAGACGCGACGACGGAGGUUAGGAUGAUUGCCGGGACGGUGUUUAGCACGCUGAAUGAGGCGUGGGAUAAGUUCAAGGCGGAGAAUAAGCUGUAG